AUACACAUAAAUUACGCAGUAACUAUAAUACAAUAUGUAUCUUUUAAUACUCUUCACGUUGCCCUCCUUAGCUAAAGCGACGUACGUCAUCACCGUUUACGGAGAUGUAUAUAAUGACACAAAGUUCUUCACGCGGACAUUCCCAUGGAUCGUGGACAACAUCGGCGGGGACAUCUCCGUGGACUACCACCUGUUGGGGAGCGGCAGGUACUCGGUGCCGCAGAUGUGCGCGCUGAACCAGCUCAGAUCCAAUACCUAUUUGCAGGCGGAGUUCUUGAAAUGCGAGGCUGAAGGCACCAGAAGCGAGAUCUGUCUCUGCAGAAGCGGCAUUGAUCCUAAAAAGUUUAGGCAAUGCGUUCUGGAGCGAGGCAAUAUGGCGGGCUUGGCUGCCUUCAAGCAUUCGCAGCUGAACAUAGACGUAUCACCUAUCAUUGAGCUGGGACCCAGGAUUACUGUUUCGGAGGUUCCCGACGAACAUUAUCUCAAGAAAAUAUGCACUAUCUUCGGCGAUGACAAACCAAGAGGAUGUGUCAAGCCGUUCGAUUGUAACAAUAACACAAGUACUGAUGCUUUGGAAUCGAGAGCUCUUGCGUACUUUGAUUGCAGUAAGAUCGAUAAUUCUUGUCAAUGGCACACAAGCACUACUACAACUCCUACUACUACUCGUACCACUCCUACGACUACUUAUACAGCCAACACGUAUUGGGAUACUCCACACCAUACCCCAUGAUACCACCUGUCAAGCACAAACUAAAGAAUAGAAAUGCGUGUGAAAUAAAACUUUUGAAAUAGUUAA